GUGCGCACCACACGCCAGCUCAAUACGAUCGUGACCGUCGAGUGUGCCGGAAGACGGACCGCUCCGAACAAGACAAGUGUCUUCUUGCCCCUUUUGUUUUUGUUUUUGAGUCAUCCAAGAGACAAUACUGUUAUUCUGUCCCACCGCGAACCUUUGGUGUCCGUUGCCGUUGGUCGUUCACGACAGGUUGAAAGUUGCCAACUCGAAAGCGUGCAAGCUCGUGGGUGUGCUGUGGUGCAUCCAUUGUGACGUUGAGAAAGCGCAAACGGGGGAAAAAAACCCGAGUGUGUAAUCAGUGCCGGUGGUGCAGAUAGGGCGCGCACACCCAGAUCGUGUAACUUCACAGGUCAAAGCUCGCUACACUUUUCCACUGUACUGUAGAAAACCCAAAAACAACACACAAAAAAAAACGAACAUGUCGCCACUCGGGUUCAACGAUCCGCUGUCGGCGGUGGCAUCCGUAGUCACGGGAGUUGCGAUCGUACUGUCACUAAUCAAAUACUACCUCUACCUCACCUGCGGGCACUUUACCUCAUCUCGAAAGAUGGAGGGUAAGACGGUCAUCAUUACCGGCGCAAACUCGGGCAUUGGCAAGGAAACUGCCCGCGAUUUGGCUAAACGAGGCGCCCGCGUCAUUAUGGCGUGCCGGAACAUGGAGACGGCCAAGCAGGCGCAAGAUGAGAUAGUGAAGGAAACGGGCAACCAGAACGUAACCGUGCUGAAGCUUGACCUCAGCUCCCAGGCCUCCGUGCGCGAGUUUGCCGCGGAGGUGCUGCGCACGGAGCGCAAGCUGGACGUGCUGGUCCACAAUGCCGGGUUUGCGGAAACGUUCCGCAAGACGCAAUCGGUGGACGGUAUCGAGUUCACGAUGGCCACCAACCACUACGGCCCGUUUCUGCUGACCCAUCUGCUGAUCGAUCUGCUCAAGCGCUCCGCACCGAGCCGCAUCGUCGUGGUGGCGUCCGAGCUGUACCGCUUCGCCUCGGUCAAUCUGAACAACCUGAACCCGGUCGGCAGCCUGCCCGCCUACCUGUACUACGUGUCCAAGUGUGCGAACAUUAUGUUCACCCGGGAGCUGGCCCGCCGGCUCGAGGGCACGUCCGUGACGGCCAACUGUCUGCAUCCGGGGAUGAUCGAUUCCGGCAUCUGGCGCAACGUACCGUUCCCGCUGACGCUGCCGAUGCGCGUCAUCAAGAGCUUCUUCAAGACGAACGUGGAGGGUGCGCAAACGUCACUGUAUCUGGCCUGCUCGGAGGAGGUGCAGGGCGUCAGCGGCAAGUACUUCAUGGACUGCAAGGAGGCGAGCCUGAGCGCGGGCAUCAGCGACAUGGAGAAGGCGCGCAAGCUGUGGGACGAGUCGGCGAAAAUUGUCAAGCUGACGGAGAGCGAUCCUAAAAUCUAACUCCUCUAGUAGAUCCGGGGCGACAUCCCUGAUUUGUGUUCCAGAUAUCUCUAGACAGGGAGAGAGAGAGACAGAGAUAGUAUUGUUGUUUUCCAUCCAUUUUCUCUUUUAUAAUUUAGCAUUUAACGUUCAAGAUGGUCCAAGAAGUAUUGGGUAAAUAAAAUCUGUUGAUCCGUCCGUUUAGCGGUUUCAUCCUCCACAAGUCAA